CUGGCAACCUCGAUGUCCGUCACACAGGCGCAAAUGCUGCUGGGUGAAUUGACAUGAUGGUGGACUGCAUCUAUAAGCUACUUUUAAAGGACGACGGCGUUGGACAGAGAGAUGUUUCGAUCUGACGGCCCUCUAGUUGUGUUGUGGGGUUGCAAAGUGAUGCCGCACUCAAGAAUCAUCAUAUACUGAAAAAGAAGUGGGAUAAAGACGUUCCCCAGCUUGAAAACGGCUUGUUUGGGAUCAUUUCUGAAAACAUGGCAAUGUCCCUAAACCAAGCCUGCAGGAGUCUUGCCCUGUCUACGUGGCUGCUGUCCUUUUGCUUCGUGCAUUUGCUGUGUUUGGACUUCACAGUGGCAGAGAAAGAGGAAUGGUACACUGCUUUCGUCAACAUCACUUACCUGGACCCGGUGACAUCUCAAAUGAAGACAGACAAGAGUGAAUGUGGCAGAUAUGGGGAGCACUCUCCUAAAAGAGAUGCCAGGGGGUUUGUGUUUAUGCCAUCUCAUCUGCUGGACAGACAGGCAUGUGACAGUAACACUAAAUUUGCCCUUCCCCAUCCCAACAUCCCGUGGAUAGCACUGAUAUCCAGAGGAAACUGUACCUACAGGGAGAAGAUCCGACAUGCUGCUGCUCUCAAUGCAUCUGCUGUGGUCAUUUUCAAUGUGGGCUUCAGCAACUCUAAUGACACCAUUACUAUGCCACAUCACGGUACGGGCGAUGUGGUGGCGAUCAUGAUUCCCGAGCCUAAAGGCCGUGAGAUCGUGGCCCUGUUGGAGAAGAACGUAACGGUGGCCAUGCACAUCAGCAUCGGCACGAGGAACCUGCAGAAGUACGUGAGCCGCACCUCUGUGGUGUUCGUCUCCAUCUCCUUCAUCGUCCUGAUGAUCAUCUCUCUCGCGUGGCUGGUCUUCUACUACAUCCAGAGGUUUCGCUACGCCAACGCCCGAGACCGCAACCAGAGGCGACUGGGUGACGCUGCGAAAAAGGCCUUAAGCAAGUUACAAGUACGGACCAUCAGGAAGGGGGACAAGGAAACCGAGUCGGACUUUGACAACUGCGCAGUGUGUAUCGAAGACUACAAACCUAAUGACGUCGUCAGGAUUCUGCCGUGUCGUCACGUCUUCCAUAAGACCUGUGUGGACCCUUGGCUUCAGGACCACAGAACCUGUCCCAUGUGCAAAAUGAACAUCCUUAAAGCCCUGGGCAUCCCGCCCAAUACAGACUGUUCUGAUGACAUGCCUCCUGAUUAUGAGAUGUCCAUCAGCGGGCCGCCCACCAAUCUUGUGACGGGGGCGAGUGAGGUCUCCGUGGGCGAGAGCUCGGUGGUCCUGGACCCAGCGCUCAGAACAACGGGCCUGUCACACAUUUACCUCGAGAUGGACUCGUUCCCGUUCCCGCCGGCCGGAGAGAGCCACCACAUCGCCAGCAGUGAGCACCAGCCCUCCAUGAGCAACGAUUCAGACACCUCACUCAUCAUGCCAGUGGAGCUCGUCCCGUCCGAGGUAGAGCUCCAGUCCGAUCCAGAGCAGGACGAUGUGAAGUCCUGAAGAUUACUGAAGCCUCUUGGUGCCAUGAACGGAGCAGGAAUGCAGCGGGACGGUAAAAGAGCA